AUGUUUAUCCAACAACACUGUAUGGAAGGUUUACAUUGUGAUUUGAGCAGUACUUCAUUGCUAAUAAAAUCGAAAGAAGAAUUGAAAGUAAAUACACUGUUGGCUGUCGUCGGGGAAGAAAUGUUCGAGCUGAUGAUCGAUUUGUGUAACCCGGACAAACCGGAGGAAAUUACUUACGAGGCAUUUUUCAGGUUAGUUAAAAUCAUCUUCACCAGAGCCGUCCAAAAGAGCAGAAAGAUUCAAAUUAAGAUUACGCAAGCAAGAGCCCGGCGAAUCUUUAGCGCAAUAUUCAGCUGCACUUAA